AUGUCUUUCGAGAAAGCUCUGGAGGAUGUUCCUGGAAACACUCGAGCGAUUCCCAAGGACGUCAUGCGGCGUGUGAUUGAGAAGGCGAGCGGCAUCGUGGACACGGUCGAUGUGUCCAAGGAUGGCAGGCCUGCCGUGAGCCAGGAGGAGCUGACCAACUACAUUAAGGCUCUGCCCGGGCUGUGGAGUGAGACUUGCGACAACGACGCGGUAGAGACGGCCAACGGGGAGUGCCUCGUUCCCCUCGACAUGGACAACUUCGACUUGUCCGAGAGCGUUGCCGUCUUUGGCAUGUGCCUGCGCGACCACUGUGGUAUCGGGGGUGUUUGCUUCUGGGAUACUCCAACGACACCAACAUCAAGCAAGCCCAAGGAGUGGUAA